CCGCAACCUUUGUUCCCUUGUCACCAGCCCCACCACCACCUAUUCUUUCCUUCUCCUAUUCCUUCCAACUAAAAGAAAGAAAACUACUCUACUCCAACUCCAUCAUGGGCUUCCCUUCUGUUUGCUAUUGUGUUAUCCUUCCAAAGCCUCUAAUCCUUCUAGUCCACCUCCUGGACCUCCUAAAGCUCGCCUUUGCAAUGACCCUCUACUAUCUUGGCUUUACCUCAUUGCCUGAAGAUUAUGCCGGCUAUCCUCUCUCGGGGACCGACUUCUCGGUCCUAUCGUCUCUUCCGAACACCCCUUCGGCGAUCAAAAGUAGGAUUCCGGUGGUGAAAUUCUCGAGCUUUGGCACGAGUGCUUCAGCUCAAGGAGAGGAGUCCAUCUGUGCUGUUUGCUUGGGAGAACUGGAGGCAAGGCAUGAGGUUAGGGAGCUGGGCAACUGCUGUCAUGUGUUCCACAAGGGGUGCAUAGAUAAGUGGGUGGACAUGGGUCAGGUCACUUGUCCACUGUGUAGAGCCCAGUUGUUGCCCUGGGGAAGGGAUGACAAAGAGAUAGCCAUUCGCUUGAUGUAAAGCUUUUGAGAUGAUCAUGAUGAUUAUGUUUGUCAGGAAAUUGUUAGAUGGGAGGUGAAAGGGGUAAGAGUGAUCUUGUACCCUUCUUUUUUUUCCUCUGGAAAGCUGAAUCAUGUGCACAGUUCUAAUUGAUGGUGCAUUUCCUUCUACA